AUGGGGUGCUGCCCGGGGGACUGCUUCGCCUGCUGCUCCCAGGAUCAAAACUGCUGUGAAGAGUGCUGCUGCCAGCCGGCCUGCUGCGGCUGCUGCGGGUCGUGCUGCGGGUCGUGCUGCGGCUGCGGAGGCUCGGGCUGCGGAGGCUCCGGCUGCGGGGGCUCGGGAUGCGGGGGCUCGGGCUGCGGCGGCGGCUGCUGCGGCUCUUCUUGCUGUGGAUCGGGCUGCGGGAGCGGCUGCGGCGGCAGCUGCUGUGGAUCCGGGUGCUGUGGCUCUGGGUGCUGCGGUUCCGGGUGCUGCGGCCCUGUGUGCUGCCAGCCCUCGCCGGUGUGCGACACGAAGUGA